CGGGAUGAUGGGGCCCGUGCAUUUGGAGAACAACGAGACAGAGACGACAAGACUGAGGGAGGAGGGAGGGAGACAGUGGCUAACUAACAAAUAGUCCGUCUGUCCAUAUCCAUCUGGACACGGCUCGGCUGCAGGGCAAACACGGCUACGCUACACCUGACGUGACCACCAUGGGCCAAUCUACCUACACUCCCCCCUCUCCCUCCCCCCUGCUCCUCUUCUUGGCUAUCCAUCCUUCUCCUUUGCUGUACACGGGAACCGACGCCAACAUGGCACCAAUUCCACGACCACCAACACCAUUGCCACCCCUCCCCGCCGCCCCUACCUCUCCCUCUCCCUCUGAACCGUACCGCACCACCUCCCCCCCUCCAUCGGCUCCCUCCCUCUCCCUGUCGGGCUCAAGCGGCCGCUUUACGCCCGUCCGGCUGCUCGCAGCGGAUGCCUCAGGGUCAGGCACCGGCGCCAUGGCGGCAUUCGUCUCUGCUGCUGGCUGGUGGCUCCCGUCUUUCCUCGUCUCUGGCGUGUGUCUCGCUGGGGCGAGGUUCUUGAGGGGGGAGGGGAGGUGAUGUGAGCCGAUGCGCUCCAAAAUGGCGAAUGAUGGCGAGGCGAUGAGGGCGUGGCGGGCGGCGUCGAGCCUUUCGCGGGCGGCGGCGUGCUCCUCUUGACAGGCCUUGAGGGCCACGGGGGUGUGCUCCGUCUGCUCGGACGUUUGCAGCUGCACACCACCGAAUCGACAUGCACGGCAGAGAUGGACGAUGGACAGAGUGUGCCGGGGUCUCCUUCCUACAUGUGUGUGUUCGACGAUGGUUGCGAGUAGUUCAUGUCUGUCGUUGGAGAACUCCUGCGCGAGCUGCUUGGCCGACACUAUGAUGGUCUCGAACUGACAGACAGACAUAGACACACAAGGGAUCGGUGCAGCCCAGCCCAUCACUCACACACACACACACACACACACACAAGUCGCUGAGCUCACCCGUUUCUUGCCGAUGAAGACCCUCGUGAGUGCGUUGAUGUAGGGGCCGAUCACGUCACGGUAUCUGCUCCCAUUGGCAUCCUUCACACGCACAGCGGACAGACAGACAUACGCCACACCCACCUGCACCCCGCCCCUUCUCCAGUCUCUGUCCGUCUGCUUCAUUCACUUUGAGGUUUGUCUGCAGCAGUGCCUUUCCAUUCGAGUACAGCCAGUGGUAGAAGGCCGACAGGUCGUCGCCGCUGCGAUACAGCGACCCGCCACCGUGCGUCUGACUGGCGGCUGUGUCGGCAGCAGGGGAGCCUGAACCGGGACUGGGCCUGUCCGGCACGUCUAGAGACAAUGACCGGCCGGCCAGCGCCUCGGCCAGAAGCACCUCACACUGAGCCAACACCUGCACACACACACGCGAGGCGCACCCACGUGAGCUCUCUCUCGUGCCGCUGCGUGUCUGUCGAGCCCACCAGUCCCGCCGCGAAUCGUCCGUGCGCCAUUCCCAUGUUGGCCGUCACACUGAAGGGUUCCAGCUCGUUCCACGGGAUGCGCUGCUCCAUCGACGCACAUCCCUCCAGCGGCGACCGGCUGCCCAUGGCCCUGUGGGCGUCGUCGAGGGUCUGCCUGAUGGCGGUGGCCGGAUGUGGGUCGAUGAGCAGCAGGGUGCGGUAGAGGGACUGCCACAGGGGGUGGGACAGCACCGAGGGGAUGUUGGGCGGGGAGCGCUCGGGCACGUUGGGGGGCAGCAGGUGCGACAGCAGCGCCCCGUCAGCCAUGCACCUGAUCCAUCGAACAAAACAGCGCACAUACAGGGACAGGGAACGACUGCGAGUGUUAUGGGUGUGUCUGUGUGUGUGUGUGUGUUGUGUGUGUGUGUGGUUACAGUGAGGAGAGGUAGAAUAGCAUCUCCGGCCCUGCGAGGUCUGUCUGGCCGGGUGCCCCACCGCCAUCUGGCUGCGGCAGGCCGCAUGUGGGCCUCAACUGAGACAACUCGGAUACCGACUGAACACACAAGGGACACCCAUACAUCUAUCUGAUCUGUCACGUCACAGCAGCAGAGCAUAUAUUCCCGCCUCUUCUCUCUCUGUAUCUGACCUUGAGCAGGCUGUUCCUGGCCUGUCGCACAAACGGUCUGUCGACCACACCACACUCGACGGCCGCCCACAGUGUGUAGGCCCGCAGGUCCAUGCCGCAGCACAGGUAGAAGAGGAAGGCCGCCUCGUCCAGCCCCUUGUCCUUGGUGCAUGGCGGCAGCUGUGUCUGCCACCGCGUCAGCACCUGGCAGGCCUCUUGCAGCAGCUCCAACGUAACAGGGGCCGUAGGGUACAGCACGAACGACACCUGGAUGCUGAAUAUAUGCACACAGGGUGUGAGGAGGGGGGAUGUUGUGCUGUGCAGGGUUUGUGUGUCUUCUCUGUCUGCUCUGUCUGCUCUGCUUGCUGGUAUGUAUUUUACCCGUGCACGAUGAUCCGCCACGCCAGCCGAUGGACGCUCAGCGAGAAGGUGUGAUGCCUCAUCAAAGCCGCAACCUGACACAAGGAAGGAAGCCGGUCACAUCAUUCCCCACUCCGGGCCGCGGAGUCGUUAUCUGUGAGCCUCACCUUCUUGGCUUGUAGCGUCCCGAAGUCGACAAUGGUGCGCACGGGCUCUUUCUUGACGUCGUUCUUGUGCGGGCAGUUGGCCAGGCCGACCGUAUACGCGUCAAUCGUGUGCAGAUACAACUCUACCGGCGUCAGCCUGAGCGAUGAAGAGAAACAAUGACACGUCACGUGCUCCUAUUCCGAUUCAUUGACGGUGUUGUGUUGGUGUGUGCGUGUGCACCAACCACUGUGCGGGGACGAGUGUGUGGUUGGGUUUUUGCAGGAGUGCCUCCAGCCACUCGAUCAUGUCCCUGAUGUCCUGCAGCGCCGCCCUGACGUCCUCCUCCACCGACGGCUGCUUGGUGACGUACGGGUUGCCCUCGCGCCACAGCAGACACGUCAGCUGAAUGCACACAUACACACACCUGAACAAACACCAACACACACACAUACCAUUGAGUCGGCCCCAUGUAUCCCCUCCCUCAAUGCGAUGCCUGUGUACCUUACUUACCUGCACCAACCACAUUGGGCCUUGCUCCACGGCGACUUGGCCUGCCCCUCCCCCCCUCUCUCCCACCAGUGCCGCUGCUCCCGCACCCUGGCCAGAGCCGCCUCAGCCAUGCUCCCACGGUAGUCACGCCGACCGAAGCAGUGCACAUACGCCUCCAGCAGCACACACGACACAUAAUGCCACGCCACCACUGCACCACCCGCAUCACCACCCGCACCCGCCUCCCCGGCCGCCACACUGACGUGAUGGAUGUGUGCCAGCAAAGGCUCAUACACGUGCUGGAUGGCCUGGCGGCACGCGGCAAUAGCACCGUCAUAGUCCUUGCUGGCCAGUCGACGCUGGAUGCGGUGGAUCAGGUGGCCGGAUGUGACGGCGAUGAGCUGAAUCAUCGGCGGUGACAGCCGCCCCGUGCCGCCGUCUGACACAUGGAGCAGCUCCACUAUGUAUGACCAGGCACACUCACGUACUCCGAUGGCAAUGAAGGUCUCAGCCGUGACGAGCAGCUGCGAGAUGUCAUCCGCGGACCGCCCGGCAUCCACGCUGCUGCUGCCGUCCUGGUUGCAUGACUUUGCGAGGACGGCCUUGAUUCCGCUGAGGACGUGCUGCUUGAAGUAGAGGAGGGCUGACUUGUCGCCUGGCUGUCGGGUGUUGAGGUAACAGGCGGCGAACCAUGCGAGGUUGAAGAAGUGCUUGGUCCGGUCAAGCGCGUUGUGGUUGUGGAGUUCGCUGAUGCACUGCAAGGCGUAGGCCUCCUUGUGAUGGCUGAGAGCACUGAUGGCAAGCUUCGUCUUCAGCUCCAAGCGCAUCUCUCUGCGCCACGUCAGACGCUCACAGAAAUCGGCAUUCCGCCUCUUGAACUCGCACAGCUUUCAGUCGGAGAGGCACCGACGCCGAGGCAGACCCAUCGUCGAAGCUUUGAUGCAUCAGACAAGCCUGUCGUAUCCAAG